AUGGACCCGACCUCGUUUUCGCCCUUCACAGGAUGGCUCACAGUCUUCUACCUUGUUCGAUGGUCCACUGGCGCUCUGGGUGCAGAUGCUGUGCCUACAUCAGUACAGAAUGACCCUCAUUUCAUGGGCUGGUACAAUGCCCCGACUACGACCUGUGACGAUGAUGUGAUAACCUAUGAUAAUGGAAAAACGGCCGACUGUGCCAACAGUCACGUCCGGUAUGCUUAUCACAUGGUCUGCCAGGACAGGAGUUAUCUGACAUUUGCCUACAGAUCCAACAUUCACUACAUCGACGUCUUCGGCAAGCUCAUCUACUCAAACUUCACGAACCACAAAAACCAACCAAUCAACCAGCUCCUCCCCUGCACCAGCUGCAUCCCAGGCGAGCCAAGCGCUGGCUUUUGUAUCGCCGAAGACGAACACAACGAACGCACACCUCCGAAUUACUUAGCUACGAAUCGAGAAUUCAUUGAGCGGCGAGAAGCCUAUGACCAUGCCCAGGAAAUGGAUACGGCCAACACUUCACCAGUUUAUGAAUUAGGUUCCUAUGAUCACCGCUGA